AUGGACCAAGUACUCGCUAUCCAUGAGCUUAAUUGUAUCCGAGAGUCCACUAAAGGAGCUCUUCGACUUGCGCAAAAGAUGGCUGGCAUCCAGAAGUCCGAAGGCUUGGUAAACCAGGCCUUGAAAAUUUCUUGCCGCGACGCUUCCAAGUAUUCCCUCAUGCUGCAAAAUACCUACAUGGCACUGCUGUGGGCUGAGAAAGGGCUGGAGAUCGACCUUUAUUGCCUGGGGAAAGAUUAUCCCGAGUAUCAGCAUAUGCUUAGAGCCGUGGACGUGUCACCCUCAGAUAUUGCGUCGCCGGAUUAUUCGUCAGAGGAGUUGCGAUGA